AUGACGACUUUCAACUUGGAAAACCAGAAUCCAAGUGACGUACAAGAGAAACAGGCCAUUUCCCCACCACAACCGCAACCGCAAGCUAUAAACCCACCUGUGCAGAAACCAUGCAAUCCUCAACGCAAAGACUCUGGAUAUUUGCAAGACCAGUGUGUACUCGUCAACUUGGGUCAAAUCCCCGAAUUGCCUGCCAAUCUCAUCAAUUACGAGGGUUAUCAAUUCUUCAAGGCAGACCCAAUUCCAGGACAAAAGGCAACAUGGAACCGAGUGGAGCGCACACGAAUGCAUCUCAGUCAAAGCGAGCUCUACAAGAUGGUCCAGAAAAAAGCCAAUAAAGUCUCUGCAGCCCAGCAAUAUCAGAAUUUGUCUCCCAUCCGGCGAGAUCAUGUCAACCAGUUAAUUCACGAGCAAAAGAAACUGGAUCCCUCGGUGGAAUGGAGCUGUGUCUAUGCCAAGGAGCGUGACAGGGCCUCCAAGGCUCGCAACGCUCUUCGUGCCGAUUAUGAAACUGUCUCUAUGGACAUUAUUUUGAUGAAGAGGCCUCUGAAUACUAGGCGUUAUCCUAGAACUCCUAUGGGAGACCUGGUUGACCUGGCUCAUCGACAGAAUGAUAACGAUGUGCCACCCGUCAAGCCUAUGAAUCCUGCGAUGGCGACUGCGCCAAUUCGCCCAGCAGUGCCAACAGCCAUGUGGAUCUCCAAGAAUGUAGCUCAAAACUCAAAUCCGGGAAAUGCACCUGCGGAGGUCGUACAGGGCCCACAGCCUCGUCCGGUGUCCGUGACGGGCCCGUUUACUCAACUCGAAUUAGGUCACCCGACGCCUGCCCCUAGUGAGCAGCAGUUUAGACCAAGCAAUGGACAAACGUUGACUGAUAAUGAUAGAGACCAGGUCAACAAUGUUCCUGAUGGGGCGGGCUCUUCAUCAGAGACCAGUGAUGAUGAAGAUUCUGAGUCUACGACUGAUGAAUCAUCUCAGUCAGAUGACAGUUCAUCUACUGAAGAGGCUGAGGCAGACCACAUGGAAUGCGACUGUGAAGAGUCCCGUUAUAACCCAAUCCUUCCUUGUAACAGAUCUAGCAGUCCCAAUAAGCAUGGCCCAAUCAGUCAUGGGUCUCAAUACCGACGGAAGUCUAUGGGAAGACACUUUGGCCGAAGGGACAAGCCUCGAUAUCACCCUAUGGAUAUCCUUACCCCUAAGAAUGGCCCUCACAAUGUCAUGCCUGUCCGACGGGCUCGAGGUCUCACUAAGGCUGCCCCGAAUGCGCCUUCAGAUAUGAUGUGGUAUCGUAUUCAACGGAUUGAUGACAACGAGCUUCGCCGUCGUCUGCUUGAGUGUGAAGCUAGGGUUGAGCGGUGGGAACGGGCUUUUGAAUGCCAGAGAAGACUUUUACAACAGACUAUUCAAUGUUCACAGCAGCAGCAACUGGAGAGGAACCAGCUUUAUUGGAAUCCUCCUCCUGUGCACCACUACGGUUAUGACUAUAACCAGAAAGGUCGUAUGGACGCUUCAGACUAA